AUGAUAAGACGACGUAGUCCAGCUGAAGCUGCAGGAUUGCGUGAAGGUGAUCAUGUGCUGGCGAUUAAUGGUGCAGAUGCAUUGGAUAUGUCACAUGCACAAGCUGUACAGAUUAUUGAUUUUGCAUCAUAUACACUGGAGGUGAUUGUAGGCAGAUAUGAGCGACAUCAAAAGAUAGAAACAGUUUAUCUGGACAAUCAAUCUCUACGUUCUAAGCAAAUACCUCAAGAGAUCACAACAACUGAAUUACAACUGUUUUGGGAGAAAGGGAUGCCGCUGAAACCAGCUCGUAGAAAUUGGCCUCCACCACCUCCACAACAGUAUGUUUCACCUCCACGAUCACCACCGCCUACAGCGAAGUCACAUUCAGUUUCUAUACAUGUUCCACCUCCAAGACCAGUUGUGAUUCCAACACCACCAGCACCUCAACCACAACCAGUACGUCCAGCACCACCACCGCCUGUGAAACAACCUUCUAUUGAUCCACAUAUUAUUCCUCAUGAUCCAGAUGUAGCUAGUGUUUCAGUGAAACAAUUGAUGCGAGAAUUUGAUGUGCCACCGAUAGCACCUGAAUUAAAAAAAAAGAAUUAUGCUGAUUCAUCAUUCUAUUCGGAUCCUUCAAAAUAUUAUCCAACAAUUGAAGAACAAAUUGCAAUGGCUAGACGAGUUGCUAACAGUCUACACGAUCCAUAUAAUCUUGAAUCAAAAGGUGCAUCUAUGUUUGAGAAACAACGACAAAGAGCAGAAAAAUAUGUUAAAGAAGGACCAGAGCCUAAACCAGAUCCAAUUGAAUCAGCAACUCCUGAAGAGUUGGAGUACAUGACACCUCCAGUAGCACCACCGCAUCCACCUCCUCCACCACCAAGUUUUCCAGGUCUUCAACCAAAUAAAAAACCGACUAUCCCACAACCGCCACCAAUGAAUUAUGCUCCAGGCCAACCGAAGACAGUGCAAGAAUUCUUAGAGAAAAUAAAAAUUUUCCCUAAAAAUACACAUUCAGAUUUAGAUCCGCAAAAAUGUUUCGACAUUGCUACAGCUUUGUAUAAAUCUGAUAGUCGUGGAGCUCAAAUGUUCGCCAAACGUCAUGCUAGAGCAUUGAAAUGGGAUGCACAAAAUUCAGAAGAUGAUGAAUCGGGUAAUCGCAAGAUGAAUGUAGCUGUAGCCUCUGGUCCAGGUCCAACAAUGAAUAGUUAUGCUCAUGUCAAAAUGACUUCAAAACUUCCACAGUCGAAAUCACCACAACGACUGGAAUUAAAACAACAAGUUCCUGGUGUUAAACCGAUACCAGUAAAUCAAAAUAAUGGAGAGACAAAUGAAUAUAAGAAACCGAGUAUUUCAUUGGCUGUCGACCGGGCACCGUCACCACCUAAUCAAUCGGAAAAUUUACUUGGUCCUACACCGAAACCAUUUGUACCAGCUAAUUCAAACAGUAGUAUAUCAUUUGGACAACUGAAUAACGCUGUCAAUAAUAGUAAUAAUCAUAAUACUAAUAUUAAUAAUUUUAAUAAUGGAUUUGGCUUAGGCAACAAUACUUCGACUAGUAGUAAUAUUAAUAAUAAUAAUGAUAAUAGUAGUAAUACCACUAGUGGAUCCGGUUGGCGUCCUGUCAAAUUUAGAAUUGGACAAACUGCAAAUUAAUACAAAAGGCAGAGAAACAAUUAUAUUGCACCACCAUUAUCACUUAUUAAUAAUAAUAACAAUAAUAGUAACAAUAAUAAUCUAAUGACAUCAUCACCAUUGCUUUUAAUGUAGAAAAUAUUAAGAUUUUCAUUGAAUUGCUUGAAAAAUACUGCCUAGAUUAACCUUAUUAUUACUCCUAGUAAUGUGUUAAUUGGAUGUCCAUCUGCAUUCUUCUUGCUCACGUCUACACACUCAUGCAUACACAUAGACACUUAAAAAUACACACAACUAGAGGAGAACGCAUGUGGUGCUUAAUAUUUGAGUCUUUGUCUGUCUUCUCAAUCCUGUCGUCCUACAGUCGUUAGCCUUCGCCUUUCAUUAUUCCUUCUCCUUUGUUGACCUUUCAAUACAACAAAAAUUGGUUGACUUUGAAUACCUCGGCUUAUCUAUCGUCUGACAGUGAUACUAUGCAUAACUGAAUGUGUUGUAUUCAUUCGUCGAAUCGAUUUUACUUCUUUCCUUCUAAAUGUGUAUAUUUUGUUUGUUAGUAAUGUUUGAAGAUCACAACAGUAUGCUUUCAGUUGAAUCUCCAUUCUGAUGUACACCUACAAAUAAUAUUUGCACAUACGCGGACACAUCAUGUAUUAUGACAUUUAAAAAUGUCAAAUGUCAAUGACUGUGGUAGUGGUGGUUAUACCAUCUUCGCAAAGUGAAUAGAAAUGAUGAACCAGUGGGAUAAUCAAGUAUUGUUAUUUCCCAUGUGCAGAAUCUUCUUUCUUUUUCUUUCAAAUUAAUCUGUACACUUUUGAGUACCCAGUAGUGGAAAGCAUUUCUCAACAUUGAUAAUUAAUAGUGAAUGAAUAUUGAUGAAGUAGAGACAAUACGUACACUACUCAUACAAAAUGUUAUUAGCCUACUAUUGUUGUCGUUGUUCUUGUUGUUGCUGCUACCGUCGCCAGUCUUCAUGUCUCCUUGAUUGUUUCUUUUUCUUUCUGUUUUCGUUUUGAUUAAUGUCCGCCUUACAAGCUUAUGCCUAUUUCCUUACCUAUCUAUCUAUCUACCCGCCUACUUUCCUAUCUAACUAACUACCUACCUACGUAAUUACUCACCUACAAUCACAGUCACACUGUCAUGUUUCGGCGAAAAAUAAAAGAAGAGAGCUUAACUGUCUAUUAACUAUUUAAAGGUUUGUCACUGAAAUACAAAAAAAGCACACAAAAAAGAAUAUUAGUGUAUUGUUGAGUUAAUUUCCUGUUUUAUCACUGUUCUGCAAUUUUCGCCCCAUGUUUGACAACUUACUUACUCCAAGUGUAAUUUAAAUAUAUAUAAACAUAUAUAUAUAUAUGCAAAGAUUUCAAAAAAAGCAAUCUAUAAAAACAGCAA